CCGUACUAUAACUACGUCGAUGUUUUCGAUGGUCUCUUCGGUCCUAUUGACACAUAUGGUCCAAAUGUUUUACACGUUUGUUGUUAAAUAAGAAUCCAAUGUUGGGUGGAACUGUAAGGUACCAUGUCAUUGUAUGAGAAGAUGUAUCCAUCAAAUCAUAAAACAGUGUUUGUUUUGGAUCACACUCCAUACUUUGGUAUAUCAUGCGAAUGUCUCAUUGAAUUUGAUUUUACCAAAUCUCGAGGUCCAGCAUUCAUACCCCUAGCACCAAUUUCAAAGUCUCUUUGGACAUGUAGUGUUGAAGCAGCCAUCGAGUACUGUCGGAUUGUUUGGGAUUUGUUUCCACAAGGAAAACUGAUUCGAUUUGUUGUAAGUGAUACAACAGCACACAUCUUAAACACGUGGAGUCCGUCUCAUCAGAACUUAUCGCAUGUAAGUUAUUCCACAUUUUAUCAAGGAGAAUUUUCAGUUAUACAUGGACUUAGAGCAGCAAUAGAAGCUUUGUGCCAGUGUUCUGACAUUCAACAUGAAAAGAGGACUUCACUGACAGAAAACGCCAGUAAAGUGUUGAACAGAUGUCGUGUAAUUUGCAUAACCUCUGCACGGGACAACAGUAGUAUGAAGAGUUUAAAAGAGAUAUUCCAAAAUGUUCUUAUUCAGCAGAACAAAAUUGCUGCAGGAUCUGAUCAACUAAUCACAGUGCAUCAUUGUCAUUUGGUUAUUAUCAAUGUUUAUCCAAAUAAUGUAGAAUCACAAGUAACAGGUCAUCCUCCAAAAGACCUGUCAGCCAUUUUGACAACAGAAGUUCAUUCAGUUAAGGCUGGUGGUCAGAUCGCAUCAAAAUUAUCAAAUUUAAUCCUGAAUCAUUAUGACCUUGGCUCAACAACAGUAACUGGAAUUCCAAUGAAAGAGGAACAGAAUGCCAGUUCAUCGGCUAACUAUGAUGUUGAAAUAUUUCAUUCCUCAGCUGCACACACAUCUAUACUGAAAGGUAAUGCAGCAGAUUCUGCUUUGAUCAGGACACAGCGUGAGGGAGCCGAUUACGAGACGGUGACACUUAAAUGGUGUACUCCAAGAGGUUGUAGUGCGUCAGAGAUGCAGAAUUGUAUUGCCAUGCACCGUAUCACUCCUGUUGAUGUUAACAGUCGCCCAUCAUCAUGCUUGAUCAACUUCCUGCUCAACGGUCGGUCAGUAAUGUUGGAAAUGCCACGUAAGUCUGGUGGCAAGAUGAUAUCCCACCUCCUGGCUGCACAUGGCGGUGAGAUAUUUGUUCACACGCUGGUCACAGCAAGGAGUGUUCUAGAGGAUCCACCAUCCAUUAGUGAGGGCUGUGGCGGUAGAGUUACAGACUACAGGAUCACAGACUUUGGUGUGCUGAUGCAAAACAACAAGUUGGUACCUCUAAAGCGCAAGUUUGAUAAAACACACACUGAAACACCGCUGAGCAGAAUGAGGUCAAGAUUAGAUCGACAUACAAAAUACUGGCCUAUCACCAUAUCAUCAACUUUCAUAUUCAACUUAAAAAAUUAUAUUGACCCUCUUCCAGCACUUCUAGUAAAAGAGGAAAUGACUGAUGAAGAGGUUGUCAAAUGUAAACAGGUCAUCUACAGCCUCAUUAAUUUGGAGACAAAACAUGAGCCCCUGCAAACACCAAACAUGGGACAAAGAGGGAAAGGACCUAAACGGGAGGAGCAGUACCGAAUUAUGUGGAAUGAGCUUGAAACAUUCCUGCGUGCCAACUGUCGGACAGAUCAGCACAAUCGAGUGCUGAAUUGUCUGCUGGAGUGUCGGAACAAAUCUGAUGAUGAAAAGAAUAAACUGGAAAAGAAGGAUGACAAAGUGGAGCUGGACCAGGCACUUCGAGAAUUGGACCAGUUUGGUAAAUUCAGUGAAGCAUCUCCAAAUGAAUACGUGCCCCGGGCCACCGUCAUUCGAGCAACGACCGAUUCUCCCAUGUCACCUCCUCCUAUAUCCAUGACUCCAUCCCCUUCUGUUCCUUCCAGGCCCUCUCUACUCCGAUCUGGACCCACUGCUGGUGGAAGCAUCUAUUCUGGACCAAGAACUGUUCUGGACAUUUGGGUCAGCCGGACUAGCACGGAACAACGAUCCCGUGACAUGAGGCAGGAAUUUGCUGGGAGACUUAAUGGUGAUGCUAUAGCAGGGGGUGGCAGCAUUACCAAACUGUAUCCGAAUCUCAAGGAUUCUGACUGUGGGGGCAGAGAGAUGCACAUUGAUGGGGAAGGUGCAGAUGUGACACCUCAAUCGUCUUCAUCAAGAGUAAGUAUAUGAGUUCAUACUGUAAAUACUUCUCAUAUGUAAAAAUUCUGUUAUACAGUGACAAUAAAAACUGUCAGAAACUUCAAA